AUUUUCUAAAUAAUUAUAAAAAUGCUUUUGCAUUUAUUGUAAGUAGAAUAAGAAAUUAUAGUUAGCAGCACUGUUGCGAAAACAUACUCUUCCACACGUGUUUUGUUCGAUUCUGAAGUAUUGCAUUGUUGUAGUUCUUAUCAGAAUGUCGAAACCAAUAAUUUUCAUAACCGGAAAUGCAAACAAAUUUGAGGAAUUUAAGACUAUUCUGGGAAAGAAUUUUCCACGAGAAGUUGAAAGCAUAAAGGUGAACCUUCGGGAAGAACAAGGAGAGAUAGAAGAGAUUUGUGUUGCCAAAUGUCGAGCAGCAGCAGAUAUGGUACAAGGUCCUGUUAUUAUUGAAGACACAUGUUUAUGCUUCAAUGCAAUGAAAGGAUUACCUGGACCUUAUAUCAAAUGGUUCGUAGAAAAAUUAGGACCAGAAGGAUUGUACAAAAUGCUCGAUCCCUGGGAAGACAAAACUGCAGAAGUGAUUUGCACUUUUGGCUAUUGCGAUGGAGGACCGGAAGAUCCAGUUUUACUGUUUCACGAUAUAACCAAAGGAACCAUUGUGAGUCCACGAGGACCACAAGAUUUUGGUUGGGAUGCAUGUUUCCAGCCUUUGGGCAGUGAUAAAACCUACGCAGAAUUAUCGAAAGAAGUGAAGAAUCAAACUUCACACCGUACCAGAGCGCUAGAGAAACUAAAGGAACAUCUUAUGAAAAAUGUUAAAUAUUAAGUCGAAAAAAAUUAUUCCUCCUGAAAGUACAAUUCGUUUAGAAAAUAUAUUCAUUUAGUUAUAUGUUUCCUAUAAGUAUUAAAAAUAUGUUUUUGUAAGCUAUUAUCAUUGAGAAAUAUAUUUCAGUUUAUUUUUA